AUUUUUAUAAUUUACAGAUAAAUAAUGGUGAAGAAUAAGUAUUCCGUUCUUCUUCCAACCUACAACGAGAGAGAAAACCUUCCCAUUAUCGUGUGGUUACUCGUCAAGUACUUUACCGAGGCUGAGAUUGAUUAUGAGAUUAUCGUGAUUGAUGACGGUUCUCCAGACGGAACUCUAGAGGCAGGGAAGCAGCUUGAAAAGAUAUACGGAGCUGAUAAGAUCGUUCUUCGUCCCAGGGAGAAAAAAUUGGGAUUAGGGACUGCAUAUAUACACGGGAUGAAGCAUGCUACGGGCAACUAUAUCUUUAUAAUGGAUGCUGAUCUAUCUCAUCAUCCCAAGUUUAUUCCAGAGUUUAUCAAGACACAGAAGGAGGGGAACUAUGACGUUGUGUCUGGAACCAGAUACUCAGGAGAUGGCGGAGUCAACGGUUGGGAUUUAAAGAGGAAAAUUAUCUCGAGAGGAGCUAACUACGUUACUCAGAUACUUCUCAGGCCUGGAGCUUCAGAUCUUACAGGAUCAUUCAGGUUGUACAAGAAGGAAGUACUAGAGAAGCUGGUCGCCUCCUGUGUCUCCAAGGGCUACGUAUUCCAGAUGGAGAUGGUUAUAAGAGCUCGUCAGCUCGGAUACACGAUAGGUGAGGUUCCUAUCUCCUUCGUGGAUCGUGUUUACGGAGAGUCUAAACUCGGAGGAAACGAGAUUAUUGGAUUCGUGAAGGGGCUUCUCUACCUCUUCGCUACUACAUAGAAAACUCUUCGUUACUACAUAGAAAACUCUUCGUUACUACAUAGAAAACUCUUCGUUACUACAUAGAAAACUCUUCGUCACUACAUAGAAAACUCUUCGUUACUACAUAGAAAACUCUUCGUUACUACAUAGAAAACUCUUCGUUACUACAUAGAAAACUCUUCGUCACUACAUAGAAAACUCUUC